GGGCAUCACCUCCCUCCCUCUCCACCCGACGCGAAUCGCCUGCCAAGACGCAACCGCCCAAAUGGCGCUCAUCCAAUUCAUGUCCGCGGGCCUCGACACAACCGCCAUCCCGACGACCAUCAUCCACUGCGACCAUCUGAUCGUCGCCCGGGACGGCUCAACCCGCGACCUAUCCCGCGCGCUCACCACGCACCACGAAGUCUACGCGGUUCCUCGAAUCCGCAAGCCAGAAAUAUAACAUGGGGUUUUGGAGGCCCCGGCGCGGGCAUCAUUCAUCAGAUUGUACUCGAGAAUUAUGUAUUCCCGGGGGGGAUUGAUGAUCGGGACGGAUUCGCAUACCCCGAACGCCGGGGGGAUGCGAUGGCGGGGAUGGGGGUGGAGGUGGUAGUGCCGAGGGUGAUUGGGGUGCGGUUGACGGGG